AUGGCGUCGCUGAGCUGUCUGGCGUCGGCGCUGGAGUCGUACAGGGGUCGGGACCGCCUGAUCCGGACGCUGGGUUACUGCUGCCAACUGGUCGGCGGGAUCCUGGUGGAACAGUGCCCAGCACAGUCAGACGUGGGGAUGCGCCUCCUGGCGCUGUCCACCCAGCUCAGCCACUGUAGGACUGUUCUGCGACUCUUUGAUGACCUGGCCAUGUUCGCCUACACUAAGCAGUAUGGCUUGGGGGCAGAGGAGGAGGAUGUCUUUGUCCGCUGGGUGUCUGUUCUGGGCAACCUGGCCGACCAGCUCUACUACCCCUGCGAGCAUGUCGCCUGGGCCGCUGAUGCCAAGAUCCUCCACGUGGACGCUGCCCGCUGGUGGGCCCUGAGCACAGCUCUCUGGGGCCUCUCCCUGCUCCUGGGUAUUGCCAGGUCCCUGCGGAUGCUGCUGAAGCUGAGGCAGAAGCUGCAGAACCCUGCGGCGGCCUUUCCCGGGAAGCUGCCCAGAAGCAGGCGGAAGGCCCUGGAGACACAGAUGUGGUCGGAGACACUGACCCUGAUCAGCAACCUGGCUGACCUGGCCAACGCCGUGCACUGGCUGCCCCCCGGGGUGCUGUGGGCUGGGUGCUUCCCCUCAUGGCUGGUGGGCCUCCUGGGCACUGUGUCCUCUGUCCUCAGCAUGUACCAGGCUGUCCAGACCCACAACAGCCAGGCCGACGCCACCAGUCCCUGA